UGGGGAGAGGGGUGUGGAGGACCCGGGUCAGAAACAUGACUCCAGCAGCAGAGCAAAGAACAGAUUGGAGGGAUGCUGGAUUCCUAUAAGUGAAUCCAGUCAGAAGGGGAAAGCAAAAUCCAGGUCCCCUGAGAAGCAGACACCAGGAGAGGACUUCCUGUGCAGGAAGUCUUCUGGGGGAAAGGCCUGUGAAGGAUGAAGGGCUUUGGCGGCUUCCCUGGUGAUGUGGCUCAGAACCUUUAGUCCUGAAAGGCUGAGCCCUUGGCAGUCAUACCACACUCUCUUCGGACAGCGGUUGGAGCUGUGUCCGAGGCACGGGUCAGGAAGCCAGCGGAUACCAGGAGGCACCCAAGCAGACCACCGGGAUUCCAUACACAUGCUACCUUCCCUGGCUGGUCAGGGUCACAUUCCACAGCCGGCAUGCUGACGUUCUGGUCCCUGGGCACAGGGAGGCCAAGGUGUCCUGGCUGUAAUGAGACACUUGCUGUGGCCCCUGACAAGAGUGUGCAUACCCUCUGGAGAUCAGAACUUUUAACACUGCAGAGCUCAGAGUGGCAAGGAUGGAGAGCAUGAAAUUCCUCACUGUGACUGGAUCACUGGGAGUGAUGGUUUAGAUUUCUCCCGGGAAGCUCCUGAAUUUUUGAGCCAACACUCAGAAGUUGUGUUGAAGGGAAUCCAUGCCUGUGGACCUGCAGACAGUGGUGCCGGCUGAGGCUCGAGGGCAGAAAUGGCAAACCCACACCUGAAAUUGGAACCUACACCUGCGAGGAUGAACCACAGGUCCUCCUUUUGGAGCAUGGUUGGAUGUGCAGAGGCAGCGGUAGCUAGAUCCAUCCUGAGGAAACUCCCCAGAGGCCAUCAGCGAGGGUUGAGGAAGAAGUGGCAGGAGGAGGCCCAAGUGAGUCCUCAGCGAGUGCAAACUGCUCCCGCAGUCAGACAUGAAAUAAGAAAAAUGAAAGAGAGGUGUUCAGUGUGCAGCUUGACUAAGAAGUCAGGAAGAAGACAGCUGAGAAGGCUGAGACUCAGAGUGGCUGAGAGUUGCUUGCCGUCCAAAGCCUGGUAUAAGGACCCUGGCUUUGGCCCCGGUUUCUUUCCCUCCACAACUCAUGGUCAAGGUCUCCAUGAAGGAGACUUGGGAUCGACACACGGAAUUCGUGAGAGCAAGAAGCAAAAAGAAAAGAGGAACCAAGAGGAUGGGAAGUGGAAGACCAACUUUACUUCCCACGGCCUGGCUCUCUGGGGACCAGAAUGGCACAGCUGGACAGAUGGGAUGCAUGGCACAUCUCAGAAAACAGUUGUGGAUGACAACAAGCCACCAAUACUGUGCAUUUGA